CGUAACAACUAUGUGAUGUGGAUAUUUUCUAUUGGUGGAUUAUUUUGCAAUUAGUUUAUUAGUGAAUAUUGACUUAAAGAUGUGGAGUAUAUUAGAAAAAUACAUAUUUUGCAUUAAAUGAUAAUAGUUUACAAUUGUGCUAUGUAUUUAAUAUUAAAAUAAGAUUUGAAACAUAAUGUUUACUUUCCUACUAUUAACAUAUCUUAUCGUUUCGGUUAACAACCAAGACCUGAAAGGAUUCGAUGAUACAAUUUUGUAUAAAUUAGAAUGGCCAGGAAGAACUGACGAAUUUUUAGAACCUCCAGGUAGUGAGUCUAUGUUCAUCACAACAGCUGAUAAAGAACGAUAUCAAUGUUUUGUUCCUAAAAUCUCAACACCAGAGUCUGAAAAAAAUUUACCAUAUAGUGGACCAACUGCGUUAGAAUUAUUGGCACCUUUAUUCACACAAACUGCUUGUUCAUAUCGUGUUGAAAGCUAUUGGACAUAUAAGCUUUGCCAUGGGCGGUAUGUGCAACAAUAUCAUGAAGAACGAGAAGGGAAAAAGGUGAAAACUCAAGAAUACUUUUUGGGAAAGUGGUCUGCUGAAAGGCAUGAUGAAUUAUUGGCUGAAAUUUCAAAAGCAGAAAAAAGCUCAGAACCUUUGCGAACCACAAAAAUUGAAUCAGUCAGUUUGCCUUUUGUAGAAGUAGUUAUGACAGAAGGUACUUUAUGUGAUUUAAAUAAUAAAAAACGAGUUACAAGAGUUCUGUAUGUUUGUUAUGCAAAUGGAAAACAUGAAAUAUAUUCACUAAAAGAAAUUUCGACAUGUGAAUAUGAGAUAGUAGUAUUAAGUGCUCUUUUAUGUGAACAUCCACGGUAUAAACCUGCAGAUUCUGGUGAAUUACCUAUCAGUUGUUUACCCGUUGAAGGUUCUGGUCGCAAACCCCAAAGUUUAGUAAAAAUGGAGUUUGAUUCGCUUAAACGUAGAAAUCAACAUAUAAUUGGAGAAAGGAAAUCAGCCAAAGAUGUCGUGGCAGUUUUUAAAGUUGAAAAACUUCAGGAUGGGGAAUCACGUGUACGAGUUGAAAUUCACCCAGUUGACAAUGCUGAUAAACCGGAUCCAACUUCUGCCUUACCAUCGACAUUUGAUCACCAAGAGGGUCCUGGUGAUACAUCACCGGUGGAUGCUUUUCUAUCAGGACAAAAUUGCCUUACUGGGGGCUCUGGUUGGUGGAAAUAUGAAUUUUGUUAUGGUCGGCAUGUAGAGCAAUAUCAUAUUGAGAGUGAUGGUAGAAGAACUUCUUUACUUCUUGGCAAAUUUGACAAAGAUGCUCACUUGAAAUGGUUGAAAAAGCAUCCUAAUAAGAAACCUGCUGCUCCUGGCCAUCGCAAUCAUUUAUCACAUUUUUACUCAGAAGGAAGUUACUGUGAAAAAAUUGGUAAAAGACGCCAAACUGAAGUUAAAUUAAAAUGCUUGGAGAACUCUUCAAGUCCCAGCGCUGUUUCGUUAUAUUUAUUAGAACCAAAAACCUGUGAAUACAUAGUGGGUGUGGAAUCCCCACUAAUCUGCAAUAUUCUUCAGAAGGCUGAUGAAAAUGGCUUGUUUAUUAAAGAAGAUAAAGUUAGUGAUAUACUUAUUGAAAAAGAUGAUAAUGAUAAAGUAGAAACUAAAGGUAAUUUAAUUGGUGAUUUGGAUGUAAGAUUUGAAAAUGAUUAAUAUAUUAUGA